AUGCCUGCCAGAGCCAGAGACAUACCCGCUGAGAUGGUGUGUGAGGAAUCGAGGGUCCCCAAAAUGACCUACAACUUCCCUGAUCAGCUUAGAUUACUUCACGAUAGCAGAUUCGUGGAUUUCGACAUAAAAUGCGCCGAACAUGUUUUCAAAGCGCACAGAUUCGUGAUUUGCAGCCAAAGCCCGUUCUUCCGAGCUCUUGCGGGCGGUGACUUCAAGGAAGCUACCGAGCAGGCAACGACUCUGCCAGACGAGGAACCGGCAUUACUUGUUCGCUAUCUGAUCUAUCUCUACACAUCCUCAUAUCCGGAAGCUGAUGUCGCAACGUUGGAACGAGGAUCGCAAUUCUCACAUGUAAAGGACGACUAUGCCGUGUCCGACGAAGACGACAGCUUGACUGCCUGCAUGCUCCACGCUCAAAUGUACUGCUUCGCUAGACGAAGAUGUGACGAGAGACUCGAGAAAUUCUGUCUCCAGGAAUUUGCACGGAAUUUCUGGGCCAAACGACCUCGACAGCGAUCACAGAAUCUCUUGCCUAAAGGACCAACCAGAACACUCAAAUACCACAUGGGCAAAUACCAGCGAGACCAAGAAGAAACCCUAAUCGUCGGCACCAAAAACACCCACGCCGAAGUAUUCGACCUCCUCAGCGACCUCGCAGACUGGAGCGACAUCUCCAUCACCCAAAGACGAGUCCGCAACGCCGACGGCUUCCCACCAACCUACCGAGGCCGCGGCGUCCGCGACGAUGUCUGGCAAGACAGCAUGCUCACCCUCGUCGACUACGACUUCGACCACCAACACCUCAUCGUUGGCCGGACCGCUAACUCCAACGCCAAGAACCUCUCCCUCCUCUCCGGUGUCGAGCGCUGGCAAUCCAAAGCCGUUUCAAAAUCCGAACAAGACCUCAUCCGCUACAUCCUCACCAUCACAACCGAAUACGGCACCCUCCUCAAAGAGAUGCUCGCCCUGGACCUCACAAUGCGCAAAUUCAACGCCUGCCUAAUCCCUGACGCCUCAUACCGCGCUCUCCAGCACGAAUUCUUUGAGUUCUUCCUCACUCUCGACUCCCUCGUCAAACCACAGGAGCAACGACAAUGCCGCACCUGCCUCUCCAUCCAACCUGUCCUGCGUCAGCCCUGCUCAUGCGGGAAAUGGAGCGACUCAUGCGAAAAGGACUGUCUGAGCAAGCAACUUGAUGAGUUGAGAUGUUUCUGCUGCAUAGCGAUUGGAAAGAUGAAAUUACUCGAGGAUAGAUCACUUGUCGCACGAUCGGGUCGAGACGAUGCAUUUACUUUCAACCCGCCGCCUGUGGUGGUUUACGAUGACGAUCUUAGUGAUUACUGA